ACUCUCAUUUAUCUUAAAGGUUAUAUCGUUCGUAUUAAAAAAAAAAUCAUUUUCAUUCAUUUUUGAUAAAUUUGAGUGUAGAUUUGCCCAGAAAAACUGAUUUUUACUGAGUUCUACCGGUAAUCGUUAUGUUUUCGUUACAAAAUCAAAAUCAGGCAUUCGCAAGUCUAACCCAUGUUGGCACAAAAAUAUCGUCAAGUUCCGGACUGUUUUUCUGCAAGAAAGGCGCCAACAAGUCAAAAAAAGUCUCCCAAAUUCUAUGCUUCGACAGCUUCUCUGAAACAUUAAAGAAUUGUGACAUUUCAUUUGGAGAACAUUUAAAAGAGGAUUUAGUUAAUAAUCCAUUCUUAAGCAAUUUACACAUUUCAUGCAGUGCUGGCGAUAAUUCAUUUCAGUCUAAAUUUUCCAAUAGAAAUCUAAAAAAUGCUGUUCCUACACUGAUUGUAAGAAAUCGAAAGAAUGUCCAAGUAACCCACAGUUUUUAUCAGAAAUUGGUAAAGGGGAUAUUAAAUGAAAAUAAAUUCACUUUUAACAUUCAAUGUAGAGGUUUCAAGACUGAGCGCAGUAUCAAGGCAGAACAGGAACGCAAUCCAUCAUUAAUAAGUCGCAUGAGGAAUAAUGUAAGCGAUUCGAUUGAACUUACCAGUAAAGUAGGUCCUAUUCCUGCAUUGGACUCAGAGAAAUUGAAACACAUGCUCUUAUCAAAUGAUACAAAUUUGAAUGAAGGUGAAAAACAAAGAAUCAAGGUAGCUUUUGCUGAAGGUUAUUUAUUGGGGAAUACGGGAAAUAACAAAAGUGGAAAAGCAUCCAAAUAUUUCAGAAUCAUUCAACAAGUAUUAACAAUUGCAAUAUUCCUGGCCAUAGUAAGUUUAAUGGCAAGUGCUGGGGGAUCAGUAUUUAGAAUUUCACUUGGAAGUCAGUUGGAAGUUGAUCCAGAAGAGAUUCAUGUUACUUUUGAAGAUGUGAAGGGAGUUGACGAGGCAAAACAGGAGCUGAAAGAUGUUGUGGAAUUUCUAAAAAAUCCUGAUAAAUUUUCAAAUUUAGGCGGUAAAUUGCCAAAAGGAGUUCUCCUUGUUGGUCCACCAGGCACUGGGAAGACAUUGUUGGCUAGAGCAGUUGCAGGUGAAGCUGGUGUUCCAUUUUUCCAUGCAGCAGGACCAGAAUUUGAUGAGGUUUUGGUUGGGCAGGGUGCUCGGAGGGUCAGAGAUUUAUUUAAAGCAGCAAAGGAAAGAGCUCCAUGUGUAAUAUUUAUUGAUGAAAUUGAUUCAGUUGGUUCAAAACGAACCAAUAGUGUUCUUCAUCCAUAUGCCAAUCAAACUAUAAACCAAUUACUUAGUGAAAUGGACGGCUUUCAUCAAAAUGAAGGAGUUAUAGUUUUGGGAGCAACAAAUAGAAGGGAAGAUUUGGAUCAAGCCUUGUUAAGACCUGGCCGAUUUGAUGUUGAAGUAACAGUUCCUGCACCAGAUUUUACAGGAAGAAAGGAAAUCUUAAAUUUGUAUUUGAGCAAAGUUCUCGCCAAAGAGGUUGAUUUGGAACUCUUGGCUAGAGGUACCACAGGUUUCACUGGCGCUGAUCUAGAAAAUAUGGUAAACCAAGCUGCAUUGAGAGCUGCUAUAGAUGGCGCUGAUUACGUAAGCAUGAAACAUUUAGAAUCAGCCAGGGAUAAAGUCUUAAUGGGACCUGAAAGAAAAUCUAGAAUUCCAGAUGAAGAGGCCAACUUAAUCACUGCCUACCAUGAGGGAGGACAUGCCAUAGUUGCUUAUUAUACAAAAGAUAGCCAUCCUUUACACAAGGUUACAAUUAUACCAAGGGGUCCCAGCUUGGGCCACACAGCCUACAUUCCUGAAAAAGAAAGAUAUCACGUUACAAAAUCUCAACUUUUGGCCAUGAUGGAUACAAUGAUGGGCGGAAGGGCUGCAGAAGAGUUAGUUUUUGGCAUGGACAAAAUUACAUCAGGGGCCAGUUCAGAUCUGCAACAGGCCACAUCUAUAGCAACCCAUAUGGUGAAAGAUUGGGGUAUGUCUGAGAAAUUAGGACUCAGAACCAUUACGGAAAAUCCAAAGAGCUUCCAUCAAGAGCAACUGGGCCCAUCUACGAACGAAUUGGUGGACAAUGAAAUCAAAAGGAUUUUAAUGGAAAGUUAUGAAAGGGCAAAACAUAUAUUGAAAUCUCACGCAAAGGAACAUAAAGCGCUAGCAGAAGCAUUAAUGAAAUACGAAACUUUGGAUGCGGAAGAUAUUAAAGCAAUUAUGGCUGACAAAAUUGCAGAAAAAUCGUAACAUUGCAGAUAUGAAGCAUAUUUGACUUUUUAGAUAACUUAAUGUGGCUGCAAUUGUUAAAGCAGUAAAAAUAUUUUUCCUACAUUUAUUUAUUAAUUGCAGACAUAAAAGCAGUAGCACUUAAAUCUGUUUUAUUUCUUUAUUUUUAUUUAAGUGACUUUUGGGAUCACAUUCAGAGAGCUGCAAUUUCAGGCUUUGGUCUUCAAUAAUAUACAGCAUGUUAAAAGUCAGAUUUAAUAUUUGUUAUAGUAUUUAGCUACUUACUCUCUUAAGUCCAUUUGAAAAGUUUAAAGGAAUCAAUAGAAAUUAAAGAUAAAAGAUGAUGCAAUGGGCCACUUCAACCAAAAUUACUAAAUAGCCAUUAUUUUAAAAAUUAAAAAUAUUUUAUAUUUACCUUAAAAGUACAAGAUUACGUAUUAGAUGCCGACCUCCCCUAUGAAUUUUUUUAAGCUAAGCUAUAUUUGUUUACUAAAGUGUACAGAAUAUAGUAGUGUAUUUUUAUAAGGAUAAAACAUUUUAUAGGGCGUAUCAGAAAAAUUUGUGGUAAACCAAUAUUAUUUAAACAAUUAUUUCUUAAAAUAAACUUUAAACGAUCACAAAUCAUGUAUAUUAUCAAGCAGGUCUUCCCCAUGUACCUUUAAAACACUAUAUACGGUAGCGGUGCAGGCUGUUAAAAAAUGAUAAGCUUGUACAUUUUUUUAUUCUUUUUAAAAAUACCCUAUAUUCUUUAUCAAUUAGUAAAAAAUAGAUUCCUUGUGACUUAAAAAAUAAAAAAGUUACACGAGUAUAUCUAAUCAACAAUCCAAUAAAUUCAAAAAUUAUCUGUGUUACAAUUUUAAGGCCCAGUUAAAUUUUAUUAGACAAAAUUGAUGAUGAAAAACUCCUUAUUUUCAGUUUUAAUCUCACUGUUGCCUUUGAAGUAAAGUAGGGAUACCUGAAUGUGGAAAUAAAUAUGUAUGUCUUUCUUUUGAUAUCCUGUUGGUUUUUAUUAUAAUGGAGAAGAAAUAUUGUAUUUCAUUCUCCAUAUUACCAUAGUGCUAUUAUAUACUUUAAAUAAUCGAAAAUAAGUUUUAAGUUUUGUCGCUUGUUUAAAAGAAAGAUCUAGUGUGAACCAUAACUCCUUGUAUAAUAAAACUAUUUUAUAUUAGAAGAAUUAGAUUUAAUUAGUUGUAAACUUUUAAAUUUGUUUUAAUUGUUAUAUACAUCUGAUGCACAAAAAAUGAAACUGAACAUCUUUUCAACCAAAACAUUUUUGAAGCUCCAAAUGCAAGCGCAUAGAAAACAUUUGAAAGCUGAAAAACUGAAUUUGUUUGUACAAUUUUUAUGGAAACUUUUAAUUUGAACCCAAUCCACUGAACAGACGCGAAUACAAUAUGGAAUAUUGUGACUAGAAAUCCAAAUAUUUUCUGUAACUGUAGAGGGUGGCUCAAAUUCGACGUUUAUUAUUGGGAUUCGGAAACCGGAAGAGAUACAGGGUCAAUGGAAGCAGAGUUGGGCAAUUUGAUGGUCAAUGAAAUGCCGUUUUGCAUUUAAAAAAUUCCCAAUCCUUCCAAAAAUAUUCGAAAAGAAAACCGAAUUUUUCAAUUUUGGUUUCUUGGAAAAACACAUUUUCAAGGCCACUUUUUCUGCUCUAUAACUCAGUAUGGCGGCUUUUGGCGACCAUCAUGAACUUAAUUUUUCUAAAUACGGACUUGAUUUUUAAUUGAAUUAAAUUCUUUUAUCACUAAAAAUACGAUAUAUCGUCUCUUUAAAUGUUUGCCGUCGUUUUGUACAGAAUAUUCCAUUACAAGAAAAUGUUAUAUUUAUUUAACCGUAAUACAAUAGCACAAAUUGUUUAUACAAACUGAUUUGUCGUUUCCUUUUUUUGUAUCAUGUUUAAUUUCAUGAAAGUUUCUGUUAAUAAAGUAAUUUCAGAUGUUAAAUAUCAAUUAGUUGCAAUAAAAACAUCACGAAAGUGUAAUAAUUUUAUUUUAUUUUUUUUACCUUCUCACUAAAAAAUGUAGUUCAGGGCCGUAUUAUG